CGAUGACUGUACAGUGUACCGACAGUUGAAUGGUACCAAAACAAAACAAAUCGUGCCGUACCUAUUUCUCCUACUUUCGUUUCAUUAAUCGUGUAAUCUGUGAUCUGUGAAAGCGCGAUGCUGUUUGUUGUGAUAAGAGUGACAAAACGAUAGCGAAAUUGAUAAUAAACUGAUACUGAUGUUUACUUAUUACCGGAAUUUUGUGUAAACAAAUCAAAUCCCAACAGACGCUUCUGAUAAAAUAAUUACAGGUUUUAUGAAGAUGAAAUUAAAAAUAUUUUUGGCGAUAUGUCUAGUCAUAUACCACGUAAAAGCACAACAAGUUAGUGUACCAGAAAACCCGUAUACUCAAUUUGACGCAAAUGGAGUAUCAUCAACGACGAGUAGAUACGGAGAUUUAAAUCCUUAUAGUAGUCAAGAUCCGGAUAAUCCGUAUGGUCAAAGUAAUCCCCAAGAUUCUCUUGAUCCGUAUGGAAGCAGAGACCCGUAUGGAGAUGGAAAUAGGGGGCAAGGCGGUUCUUUCAAUAGAGGACGAAACGAUUUUAAUAACAGAGGAAAUGAGUACACGCCUUAUGGUCAAGGGAAUCAGUAUGGAAAUACUGGCGGUGGAAACUAUAACGAUUUUUUUGAGAGUGAUCGACGACCUUUUAAUGCCCACACAACCAUAAUAAGAGAGGCAACAUAUUUUGUUGUCGCUUCUAAAAUGGUCAGACCAGGACAACUAUACAGGGUCUCUGCGACUGUACUCAAAGAAACACAACCUAUAACAGUCAGAGCUUCUAUACAAAGAAACGGAGUUGAGAUGUCUUCAGAUCACAAAAAGGUUAAAGAGGGUAUUCCCGAAACCCUAUUAAUGAGGGUUCCAAGUACAAGUGCACCUGGAGAAUACAAAUUAAGAGUGGAAGGUUUAUAUGAUGAUGUUUUAGGAGGUGCUCAGUUUGUUAACGAAACAGUAUUAACAUUUUCGCAAAGGUCUAUGACCAUAUUUAUACAAUUAGAUAAACCAGUUUACAUGCAGGGCGAAACAGUGCAUUUUCGAACUAUACCCAUAAAUACAGAGUUAAAAGCAUUCGAUGACGCUGUAGACGUUUAUAUGCUAGAUCCAAGUGGAUACAUAAUGAAGAGGUGGCUGUCCAGACAGUCGAACUUAGGAACAGUUAGUUUGGAUUACCAACUUUCCGACCAACCCGUAUUUGGCGAAUGGAAAAUCAGAGUCAUCGCCCAAGGACAAGUUGAAGAAUCUACUUUUUUGGUAGAGGAAUAUUAUCAAACGAGAUUUGAGGUCAAUGUAACGAUGCCAGGAUUCUUCUUGAAUACAGAACCUUACAUUCAUGGAAUUAUCAUGGCGAAUUACACUAGUGGUGCUCCCGUGCGGGGAAAUUUAACACUAAAAGCCACCGUUAGACACAUUAAACCGAUAGAUCCGAAUCAAAAUCAGCGGAAGCCUAGAGUCAGGCCGGGCGACCGUUACAAUAAUAAUCAAUACAAUAACCAAAACCAGUAUCAAUAUGACCGUAAUAGACAAUACGACAUCAAUAAUCAACCAUAUGAGCCUAUUUAUGAUAAUUUUGAUGGGCAAGGCAGUCACUACAAUAUACCCAUUAUGGAAAAAUAUUUUGUGUUUGAUGAGGAAAUGCCGUUCUGGAUAAAACCUCCUGUCAAUUACUACGAGCCUAUACCUACUAUGAAGUUUUUCGAAGGCGUGUAUGAAUUCAAAUACCCGAUUCAAGAAUUGUUACAUUAUGUCCCAACGCUGGAAGGUGUCGAAGUAUUGAUCACUGCUACAGUUGGUGAUAGAUUUUUGGAUGAAGUAAUAGAAGGUUUCUCAACUGCUAGGAUUUUCAACUCCAGUAUUAAGCUACAGUUUUUGGGCGGAUCUCCACAAGUUUUCAAACCAGGAAUGCCCAUAACCACAUAUAUUACUGCUUCGUAUCAUGACGGUUCACCUCUAUCAAAACAAAUGCUUGAAAAUAGCGUAGUGGAAGUCAUCACAUCUGUAGAUUCUAGAGGAGGAGGAAGACGCGAUGUUCCUAUUGAUACUCUUUACCAAUCUGAUGAUCAUCCUGGUGUCUGGGAAUAUAAAUUAGAUCUUAAAAGAGAUUUAGGAGUUAGUGGACCAAAGGCGUAUGAAGAACUAAGUCAAUUAAGUGCAGUUAAAAUCCAAGCCACAUUUAAAGACGGUUACAGUGGGCAGCGAGCUACUACAGACUUGCUUAUGUUAGCGCAUUACAGUCAUUCUGAUCAGCAUAUCAAAGUUAUUACGAGUACUGUUGAUCCCAGAGUUGGAGAAUACAUGAUUUUCCACAUCAGAAGCAACUUUUUCGUUGAAAAAUUCAGUUACCUUAUUAUUUCCAAGGGAAUCGUAUUAGUAACCGGAGAUCAAGAUAUGGAUGAUUACGUCAGCACAAUGGCUAUAGCCUUAAGUGCUGAAAUGGCUCCAGUCGCAACCAUUGUUGUAUGGCAUAUUGGUCAUAGUGGAGAUUUAACAGUAGAUAGUUUAACUUUCCCUGUCAAUGGACUUAGCAGAAAUAAGUUUAAAGUAUUCAUCAAUAAUAAGAAGGCUAGAACUGGACAUAAGGUAGAAGUAGCCAUUUAUGGUGAACCUGGAUCUUAUGUCGGGCUGUCAGGUAUAGAUCGAGCUUUCUACACUAUGCAAGCAGGAAAUGAAUUAACUUACGCCAAGGUUAUAUCGAAAAUGUCUACUUUUGACGAACAAACAAAUGGUACACACAAACAUAUUUGGUUUUCUCAUGAAGGUUUUCCCGAUGAAAUCGUCCACUUCCCAAGUAAUACUUUUGGUAUCGAUGCUAAUAGAACUUUCGAAUAUGCUGGAUUGGUAGUUUUCAGUGAUUUCGCAUUACCUAGGAGACGUAGCCUUUGUAAUAUAACUAACGGAUACGGAGAGUGCCUUAGUGGCCAGUGUUAUAGAAUACAAAAAAGAUGCGACUUUUAUAGAGAUUGUGAAGAUGGCACGGAUGAGUCUGGAUGUAACUAUGAUAAUGGAACAGAAUUACAGUUGUUUAGGAAAUUUAGAUUCAAUCGAGUUCAGCGUCAGUACGAAAAUGUGUGGGUUUGGAAAGAUGUAAAUAUCGGUCCACAUGGAAGAUAUAUUUUUAAUAUACCAGUACCGCCAAGGCCAGUCCAUUGGAUGAUAUCAGCUUUUUCUAUGAGCCCGUCGCUAGGUUUUGGAAUGAUUUCCAAAGCUAUUGAAUACGUGGGAGUGUUACCAUUCUUCAUAAAUGUCGAGAUGCCAAACACAUGCAUGCAAGGAGAACAGAUCGGUAUUCGUGUAACUGUAUUUAACUACAUGACAGAAUUUAUGGAAGCUACAGUAGUGUUGAAUGGAUCGCCCGAUUAUAAAUUUGUACAUGUUGAAGAGAAUGGUAUUGUUAGAGCGUACAAUCCAAGAACAUCUUUUGGAGAGCAUCAAUUUUUCAUAUUCAUAAAGGAACAAGAUGCUGCUGUUGUCUAUAUACCAAUCGUGCCUACAAGACUUGGCGAUAUUGAUGUCACAAUUCACGCUUCUGCCCUUAUUGGCAAAGACCAAAUAACUAGACGAAUUCGUGUAGAAUCUGAUGGUUUACCUCAAUACAGACAUCAAUCUAUGUUACUUGAUCUAAGUAACAGAGCCUAUGCCUUCCAAUAUAUGCACGUGAAUAUUACAGAAACUCCUGUGAUUCCAUAUGAAUACGAUCGUUACUAUGUAUAUGGAUCUAACAAAGCUAGAAUAUCUGUCGUUGGUGAUGUAGUCGGAGCUGUAUUCCCAACUAUGCCUAUAAAUGCUACUUCCUUGUUGUAUUUACCAAUGGACUGUGGCGAACAAAAUAUAUUCUCUUUUGCUGUAAACAUGUACACAAUUUUAUAUAUGAGAUACACACAAAUUAGAAAUAGGAGUAUAUCCCGUGAUGCUUUUCACUACAUGAAUAUCGGUUAUCAAAGACAGUUGUCUUUCAUGAAACCGGAUGGAUCCUUCAGUACGUUUAGAAGCGAUUGGAACCAAUCAUAUUCUUCCGUUUGGCUUACCUCUUAUGUUGCCAGAGUAUUUCAAGAGGCGAGUUUUUACGAAUGGGAAAACUAUAUAUACAUCGAUCCAGCGGUGAUCGCCAAAUCUGUAGAAUGGGUAUUAAAACACCAGAACGAAUAUGGAGCCUUUUGGGAAGAAGAUUGGUUACCAGAUAGAAAGUAUAAUUCUACCCUUAAUUUUGAUAAUGAUCCAAUCCGAUACAGAAACAUCACUCUUACUGCACAUGUUCUUAUUAUGUUAGAGUCCGUAAAGGAUUUGACAAGUGGCCUUAGUUCUAAAGUAGCUAUAGCAGCAAAGAGAGCAAUAAUGUGGUUAGAAAGAAACAUGGAACUGAUAAACGACAGAGGUUCAGCUUUCGAAGUUGCAAUAGUCGCUUAUGCUCUUAUGAAAAGUAAAGCUGCUAGUGCUGAAAUGGCUUUCAUCGAACUUUCUAGCCGACGACGUUCUGAAGGUGGUCUAUUAUAUUGGGGUCGAAAGACAGUUCCGCAGCCUCCGCAUAAAGUUGAGAAUCAAAAGCCAUUCUCGCUUCCUAGAUUGCCUUACGAAUAUGAUUCCGAGAAUAUUGAAGCAACUGCGUAUGGUCUUAUGGUAUAUGUAGCCAGACAUGAACAAGAAGUCUUGGUUGAUAAUAUUGUUCGAUGGUUGAACACACAGAGGUUAACCGAUGGAGGAUGGGCUUCUACAUCAGACACUGCUAAUGCCAUGAAAGCUCUUAUAGAAUAUACCUCAGCUCAACGUAUUCGUGAUAUAUCGAGUCUUUCUGUAACUGUAGAGGCCACUGCACUUCCCGGUCAAACACAGACGUUAUACGUUAAUGGCAAAAACUGGGCAAAUCUGCAGUAUCUUGAUAUUCCUAACGCAUGGGGUACCGUCAAAGUACAAGCUAGAGGAACUGGUUAUGCUAUAUUGCAAAUGUCUGUGCAGUACAAUGUUGAUAUAGCAAGAUUCCAAACUAAACCACCGGUACCAGCAUUUGAUCUUUGGACUAAGCAGUAUUUCUAUGGAAGAAAUCAGUCUCACAUAACAUUCGUGAGUUGUCAAAGGUGGAAUCAUCUUAACGAAUCGGAAAGAUCUGGUAUGGCAGUUCUUGAUGUCACCAUCCCAACUGGAUACAUUAUACAGCAGCAAGAUUUAGACGCUUACAUUUUAUCUUCAAGAGUGAGAAAUUUACAACGAGCAAGAUUUUUCGAAAGAAAAGUGUUGUUUUACUUUGAUUAUCUUGACUACCAUGAAACCUGUAUCAAUUUUACUGUUGAAAGGUGGCAUCCUGUGGCCAAUAUGUCAAGAUAUUUACCUAUAAGGGUAUACGAUUAUUAUGCUCCAGAACGAUUCAACGAAACUAUCUUCGAUGCCUUAUCAUCCUACGUCCUGGAUAUAUGUCAAGUCUGCGGUAGCAGUCAAUGUCCAUAUUGUGACAUUUACAACGCGGCAACGUUUGUAUAUGUAUCACAAGUUCUUGUAGCCCUUGCUAUGUUACUGACAAUAAGGAAUCUCAUUUAAAUCCAAAAUUUAUUUGUAAAGUUGUAUAUAGUUUUGUUUGAACUUUGUGUAGUAUAAAAGGAUAGUGCCUAUGUAAAAAGAUCUGAAGAUAUUGUGAGUUGAGCUAGGUUUAAAAACCUAAAACGCUCUCUGUAGGAGUAUAGUCAUUAAAAAAUAAAAUAACAUACAGACUAAGCCAAAUAAAACAUACGCAAUUAAUACAGUGUAUCGGAACUACAUACAUUUGAUAAAGUCGACCAAUAUAAAAGCAACAUAUAAAGCAAAAGUCGACACAUAUAAAUCAUAGCAACAUAAAAUCGGCAUGUAUUAAAAUAUCGUUCAACCACUAUCUCCUUUUAUGAGCGAGCCGCUAUAUACGACAUGCUACCGGUUAUUUUCGGCUGAGCUCAGUCGUAAAAGGAGACAGGUAGUUGAAUGAUAUUUUAUACAUGCCGUGUGUCGAACUUUUAUAUUGGUCGAUUAUUUCAAAUGUAGUUCAGAUGCACUGUAUUAAUUGCAUAUGUCCCGUUUUUAUUUGGUUUAUUCUGUAUACAGAAUGCGUUACAUUAUUAUUGUCUAGUAACUUUUUUUCAGUUCACUUAAAGUACAGAAAACAAAUACAAUAAGUUAAUUCCUGUAUAAUUUGUAAAUCAGUUAGAACAAAUUAGUUUUAAUGAAGUUCAUGUACCGUUUUUGAUCUAACAUUAGCCACUAAAAUAGAAUAAAAUAAAAAUAAGAUAUUUGUCAAUUAUUUAGAAUGUUUGGAUCUGUUAUAUUUCAUUACGUAUUGUAAUACAUGUCUUAUUUUUUAAUGACUAUAGAAUUUAUGAAAUAAGAUCAAAUAAUUCAAAAGUUUUCAGGGCUUCUAAAUAUUUUAUUUCGUAAUACAUUUUAUGUCUUUCAAACUCGUAAGUAUUUGGAACAAAAAUAAUUCAUAUUUUUAUAUUGUUUUUCAUAUUUUUUAAAUUGUGUUUAGUAAUAUGUUGUUAUGUAUAGACAUACUAUUAGUUUAGUUGCUACAGCAAAAUAUAUUGACUGCAUUUAAUUUACAAGAAUGUCCAACGCGAUUACAUUUUUGUCGUGCCAUAUAUUGAUAUGUCAAUUUUGGUAUGGGGCAAGGAUAUCGAAUGAUCAACACGUUAAGCAAAUUUGAAACAAUAUAAAUAAACAUUAGAUAUUGACGAACUAUACUAUUAUAAAUAAAUAUUUAACUUGUUACCGUCCGUAUAUUGGGACCGUGCAAGUUCGGCAAAGCGACCUCUAUUUCUACGCUCUGUACUUUUAUUCGCAGUUUUAAUUAUAUUGGCCAAUUAUAUUAGUCCUGGUUGCUGGAUAAUUGUCAAGGCCACAGUCCAAAAAAAUAAUAAGAAAAAAUAAGAUGCAGGUUAUGUUAUGCAAACGUAAACAAUUGUAUGUAGUAAAUAAAAUUAGUUAUUAAAAUGCAGUACUGCAAGCAAAAUACAAUUAAUUAAAUUUACCUUUAUAUAAUAAUUGCAUAUCAUAUCAAUAUUGUGGAGCAAUAUAUAAUUUUUCUGCUUCAAUGACAGAAGGUAUGAAAUAUACGUCAAUUUGACAAUUUCAAUUGACGAUAUGAAUUAUUUAAGAUAGUUGCAAUAUUUCUCCGCGACUCGCGCACGGUCGUUUCUCGUUUCCCUUCCAAGUACUUGCACACCGCGAAUACCUGCUAACUUGGAUUUUCCGGUAGAUAACAUUCCAAAGGCCGAUUUACGACUGAUGUUUUAAGGGACCACUUUCAACUACAUAGAGAAGAGUCAACCAAACUUAGUAUUUUGAUAAACGUGGUCGAAAGAUUUUCUGGCCUGUUCUGUUUUCGAUCUUAUUUAUAGAUCAGGAUUUAGUCUGUUAUCGAUCCAACAUCCCAGGUACUUAUCUAUUGACCUGUUCUAAAAUGUGCCCAAAAUGUAAAUAUUAGUGAGUAAAAAAUUUUGAAGAUUUCUUGUUAAGUUUCAAUCUGAACUGCUUACCAUUCUUGUACGCUGUAAUAAAAUUUAUGUAAAUGAUAGAAACGUAUUUUUUAUUUGUGUUAACAAAUAUUUUUGUAAAACUUUGUCAAAUGUUUGGCUAAGGUCCACAAAUAUUAUUAUGCAUGUAUUUAAAAGAUCUUUUUGUAACUUUUUGUAAAAAUAUGCAAUAUUUUUGUUCCAGAAUGUUUUGCUAUAUUUAGUUGAAAAUUCCGCCCGACAAAAAAUCAAAAUGAAAUUCAAAACUUAGAUUUACUUAAUAUGGUAUACAGACUAUACUUUACUUAAAAACGUUUUUACAUUUAAUAGAAAACAUAAAGAAAUAUUUUUGAGGAAUCCCCUGAAACCUUUGUUGUAGACAUAAUGUUGUUGAACUUAAACUGAAAAUUUUAAUACUUUUUUUUAUAAUUAAGUGUGUGAAUGUUAUUAGGUUAAAACUUCAGUGAAAAUCUUGUGGACGAUUUUUUAAGCAUUUGGAACCUUCUUAUGGUCCAUGAGAUUUCAUGCAGCUCUACAAAAUCUCUACUAUGUGUAAGAAUCGUCUUUAAUAUAGAUUUUUUAAGAACACAUUUCGCAUCAUAUCAUACCUAAGAUAUAAGAUAUAGUUUGUUUUUUUUUUUAAAGUUUGAUAAAAACUUUCAAUUUACGAUGUUUCAUUAUUAGGGUACUUUUACUUAACUUUGUGUUCAUUAUUCUACGCAAAACUUUCAAUUAUCGUAUUAGUACAAAUAAAUUUGCAGCAUCUACACCGCUCUCUGUAUGUUUAGACAUAUAGUGCACUAGAUACUCGCUAAUAGACUAACUUUGUCGACUCAUUCAGUAAGUGAUAUAUUGUUAUUAUUUUAAGGAAUUAAUAUUGUUGUCGAGCUCUUCUCUAGAGUAAUAAUUGGAACUUAAUUGGAAUUCAAUUAAAGAACAAAUCUUUUUUCUCGAGAAACGACCAAAAAUUUGACACGAUUUUUUAAUUGACAAAGUAUAAACUCGUAUUACACACACCCCAUAUCACAUUUAGUGUUGGAGCGUGGAAUUGACAUUGUGUUUAUCCACAAUAGCAUAUUUUGAGUUCUAUUCAAUAACAAUACAGUAUGGUCUAAGAGCUAGCAACGUUUUCGAGAAACUAUUUUAAGACAGUUGAUUCUUUCAUAUAUUGUUCCCUAUACUUCCUCGAACACCGUACCGGCCAUCUGGCUGCUGAUACAGGUUGCGAUCAUUACUGCGCAGCACACCUGUACAGGUAUAUACAAAAUCAGGGUGAUUGAUUAGUGUGAUAAAGCUUAGUAGAUCCGCUAUAGUAAUAGAUAGCAAUAAAAGUUAAUAACAAAACUUGUAGCCAACUUUGAGCUUCACAUUACAAAAUUAGUUAGAAUGUUACAGGGUGUUCGAUAUCAUAGUGGCAGACCAAACUUAUGUUUUUUUUUAAAUGGAGCACCCUAUAUUUUAUUUUAUAUUCGAAAUCCUGUUAACUUCUCCAUCACAAAAAUAUAAAGGUUUGUUAUGUUAUACAGGGUAUUUACAAAGUUAUAACCAAUGUUCUACGAAAAUCGUAUUAAGUUCAGUUCCCUGUAUAAAUAAAAAUAAGCACAACAGCAAUGGUUUAUUGGUGCCAUAUUUUUUUGUUGAUUGUCAAAAUUUAUAAAAAUUGUUGAUAUUGCUAAUUUUAUUUAUAUCGAAUACAGGAUGAGUCAAAACGAAAGUACAUUAUUUUCUCAGUAAUUUUAAAUAGAACACCUUAAUUAAUAAUUUGCUCUGAAAAAUGAAAAUAUCUCGAAAACUAACAAAUUUAGGCAUAGGGAAUAUUAUACAAAAAUUAAAGUACGGUAAUGAUACUUUUCGAUGGUGAUAUAAAAUACAGGGGGUUCCAUUUAAAAUUUCUGAGAAAAGAAUGUACUUGCGUUUUGACUCACCCUGUAUUCGAUAUAAGGAAAAUUAGCAAUAUCAACCAUUUUUAUAAAUUUUGACAAUCAACAAAAAAUAUAGCACCAAUAAACCAUUGCUGUUGUGGUUAUUUUUAUUUAUACAAGGAGCUGAACUUGUUACGUUUUUCAUAAAAAAAUGGUUAUAACUUUGUAAAAGCCCUAUAUAACAUAACAAACCUUUAUAUUUGUGUGAUGGGAAAGUUAAGAGAAUUUCGAAUAUAAAAUAAAAUAUAGGGUUUUCCAUUUAAAUAAACAUAAGUUUGGUUUGCCACUAAUUCGUAACUAAUUUCGUAAUGUAAAGCUGAAAGUUGGCUAAAAUUGUUAUUAUCAAGUUUUAUUGCUAUCUAUUACUAUAGCGGAUCUACUGAGCUUUAUCACACUCAUCAAUCAUCCUGUAUAUUGAAUUUAAAUUAUUUUAGGACGAAACAUUUUUUGUCAUUACUUUUUAAACCACAAAAAUGUCAGGCAAUUAUAGUUCAUAUUUCUAAUAAUGUUUAAAAAGUAAUGACAAAAUAAUUUUUCGUCUUACAAUAAUUUUAAAUUCGACAUGUUUACCUGUACAAAUGUGCUGCGCAAUAAUGAACGCAACCUGUAUCAGCAGCCAGAUGGCCGGUACGGUGUUCGAGGAAGCAUAGGGAAUAAUAUAUUAAAGAACCAGUUGUCUUAAAAUAUUUUUUUUCGACGUUGAGCUCUUGGUCCAGUAGUAAACUAUUUGAUUGAUCGAUUUGAUUGAUUGUAAAUCCGCGAUAACUGCCUAGUUGAGGUUGAUGCAACGCGAAUAAUCAAUUAUCUGAUAAUCUGAGAAAUAAGAAUUAUUUUUUCAUCGUAUUGCCGAACUCCUCUGCCAAGCGAAAAGAUCGAAAACUCGCAGUGGCGUAUCUGCGAGGGGUUAUUUAAUGUUAUCUGCUAUUCAGAUACACUUGGGUUACUGUUUUGCUGGAACUGUUUGCUGAAGUAAUGUCGAAAAGGGUCAUUUUAAAAUUUUCGCAAUAACGCUUCUAAUUGGAGUUUGCUGUACAUAUUUUCCAUUGUUGAAUAGAAAACAAAUCAUGAACAAGCCAUGGAGACAAAAACAGAUGAGCUUAAGACGAAGCUAUAUAUAAAACUAUUGUUAAGCUCAUUAUGGCAUCGACCAUGCGAAGACACGGUUGAAAAGAAGUAAAACAAAUUAUAUAUCAAAUAAUAGAGAUGAGUGUUCUCUUCUCUUUUUCUUUUAGUUCCUUCUCCUAUGGAAGGUUGGCUAUCAUCACAGCUAUCCGUACCUUAUCGGCAGUUGCUCUGAAAAUAUCUACCGAGAUGCAACUACACCACUCUCUUGGGUUUUUCAGCCAGGAAAUUAUUCGUCUUCCUAUAAAUAUUUCAGUUUUCUUGUUUUGAUGUUAUUUAUGAUUUCGCAAUCCUUUUCUAGCGUUCUUAGCACUUCUACAUUUGUAACUUGUUGGAUCCAUGGUAUUUUUAAAAUCCUUCUAUAGCAUCACAUCUUAAAUGCUUCCAAGUUCUUUAUAUUCCCCACUUUUAGUAUCCAGCUUUCCAUUCCAUACAAGGUCGAGAACAUGUAGCUUCUUAAGGCUCUUAUCCUCAGCUCCAGAAGAAGGUCUUGAUUAACAAACAUUUCUUCUCUACCUUGGUCAUUGAUUUCAUUCACCCAAGUUCACAGAUAUUUGUAGUUAUUCACUCUUUCUACUUGGUUUUCCUCGAUAUCUGACCUUCCUGCUGAUGAGGGCAUAGAGAGAGGUUAAUGAAAAAUAUAAAUAAAUGGAUUAAAUGGAGAAAAUGGAAUAUUGGUCUCAUUUUAAGAACUGGGUGUGAUGAGUAUUUUUAGAGGAUAAAAAAGUCAUAUUUAAAGAAAAAUGAAAUAUAUGCAGGGCCGCCGAGAGGGAUGAGCGGGCCCCGGUAAAAAGUGAAGGGCGGGCCCCGGUAUAAAGUGAAGAGCGGGCUCCGGUAAAAAGUGAAGGUUUUUUAUAGAAAUGAAAUUAUUAAUAAUAAAUAAUAAGAAACAUUUCAAAUAUAAAUUUUAUGAAAUUUUGAUUAUAUAUUUAUAAUAGUGAAAAUAUUUAUAUUACAGAUGCUUUUCGAGUUUUCUGAUUGGCAAAAAUGUCUCUAAUUUUUGAAAAAUCUCAUGUUUUUGCCAAAUCAUUCUCAAUUCACAAAAUUGAUAAGCAGCUAACCGAUUAUGUUUCAUUGUAGCUAUCAUUACCUCAUAGAUUUUUUUAUGCGAAAAAGAAAACUAAAGGAUCUUUCUGCUUCUGUGACUGUCACCGGUAAUAUGCAAAAUAUUUUUAACGCAAUAACGAUUCAAAUUUAGAUGUUUAAUUUUAAUUGGAGAAAGUUGGGAUUCACCAAUAUUAUCCUUGUAUAUCGCUCUCAAAUAAAAAAAUUUCUUUAUCAAUUCUUCACUGAUGUCUUCUUUAUAAAACUCGUGCAAUACAUAUAUCAAUUUUUUUCUUAAUAUUGUCGUCAUCUUCAUCUCGGAAUAUUCAUAAAGUGUUAAAUAGCGAAUGAAUUUUAUUUUCCGCAUUAAAUCUUCUGGUUAAAUUGCUUAUUAUAUGACAAUAUUAAAUAUUUCUCAGCGAAAUAUUGCGUCGGGCUCAAAAUUAUCAGUCACAUCACUACUAGGCCCAGGCAACUCAUCAAAAAAUCUCCCAAGCUUUUUGCGUCGUUUUUCUUUAUUUGAUGUAGAAUAAAAAUAUGCUUUAUUGUCACUGAAAAUUAUACAAUUUUAUGGACAAAACUUAACAUAGAGUCAGAGUAAUUUAAACUCUUAAUUUAUUCCAUAAUUGCUGCUAACUAAUUUAGAUUCUUCAACAUAGAUUCUUCUGAUUUUUUGUAAAUCUUCUAGAAGCCCUGAUAUAUUUUUAAUCUCCAUAUCCAUACCAUAGUUUUAUCUGACUGCACUGUAGUAUUUGACUCCUGUGAUUUAUUGCUUUUAAAAUUUUAAACAAAAUCGAAUAAAGGUCAUAAUAUUAAAUAUAGCCGAGUAUUAAUUAAACGCAUUAUGGGCAUAAAGUGAAGAGCAAAAAAACGGGAAAAAUUACGUCUUUGGUCUGGUCGACGCCGGGCUCCUUACAUCACCGGGCCCCGGUAAAAUGUACCGGCUGUACCGCCCUCUCGGCGGCCCUGAAUAUAUGGAUCGAUAACAGUCGGCCACGAAGAUAUUGAUUACUUGUUAGUUGUAAUUUAACAAUAUACUUAACUAUGAUAGGUACACAAGUUAGUCUAUUAUUUAUACAGAUGCUGUUUUAGUCUCAAAAAAUACCGUCCAUUAGCCAUUACCACUAACGUAGUUAGUGCUUUAGGAGUAGUAAAAAAUUUAAUAUAUCAUAAAUUAAAUUAUAAUACGAACUUGUUGUGGAUUGGAUGUCGAUAACGACCAGUGAAAAGGGAACAAUGUUGUAGAUUUUUUUUAUAUACAAUUGUGAAUGAAAUAGAAUAUCUACAGGGUUUGAUUUUGAGAUUAGUUUUUAGUCUUUUGUAUUUUCAACUAUUUGUAUAGCUAUAUAACACAAGUCUAUAACUUUUUGUUCACUUUUGCUUCAAGUAUGUAAAGAUUUAAGUUUUCAUUAUUUUUCUUGUUACAAUCUUAUUCAUCACCUCCUCAUUACCAAAUAAUUGAUCCUCGAUUUUUUAUAAGUUGAGAAAUUUUUUUACUAAUUAAGCUAGUUUUUAUCUAUUCUGCGAUAUUUUUGCUUUAUUCUUAUUUGAGAAUUGUUCACAUUAUAUUUUUCAUUAUUUCUUUACUUUUAUUAAAAUAACUUAAUUAAAUGUGAUAUGAUAUUCUACUUCAUUUCAGAUAUAUGUAUUUAUAUUUUAUAUUCUCUUUUUAUAAACAUGUAAUAAUCCUUUUGUUUAUUUCCGGUUGUGUUUGCAAGACAUCCAUGUGUAUUUUUUGUUUUUUAUAUUCCUUUAGUUUAUAUAAGUAUACCUACAAGUUUAAGCUUCAUUCUUGUUGUAUUAUUUGACAAAAAAUUACUUGCCUCUUGCGUGUUUGGUAAAUUAUAAGUUUAUAAUUUAUAAAAGUUACUUAAAAGAAUUAGAUUUUGCAAGAAAUAUUUUUGAAAUGAUAUUGUUAGAUUGAAGAUGACAUGAUCGAAAUAAUUAUUGGGUAAUACCAUGAUUUAUAUCAAUAAUUAAUGUUGAAUGAAGCUUGACAAACACAAAAUAGUUGUUUUUAUACUUGCACUAAAGUAAUUAGUUUAGAACAAAGAUAGAGAAGACUUGAAUAUUAUGUUUAUUUAGAACUUUGUCCUGACGCUUAAAUAUAAUCAAUAUUAGUUUAUAAAUCUGAUUGGACUAGCAGUUGGUAUAACUGUUAUUGAAUUUGAAUCUUAGGUUGUAAUUAUUUUUUGGCAGUUAUUUUAUUUUGUACACAACUAGCUGUUGGCAGUGAGAAGAAACGACCCCUAGAAGAUAUAUCUAAUAAUACUACUUAUUGCUCUUGUAAUAAUUUAUAUUAGAGAUUAUAUAAAUUCAGAAAAUAUUUGUACAUGGUGUUGAUUUUUUUAAUAAAUUCUUGAAAUUUG